AUGCUGGCGAGCUCCGGACCGCAAGCAUCGUUGUACGUUGGUUGGUGUGUGUUUCGCAGUACCUUCAUGGACGUUAUCGGAGCCGUGGGUCGACUGAAUACACUCUCAGAGGACGUGCUUGUGCGCUGGGUGGACGCGCUUCUGCAGGGUCAGUUCGGAGUGGUCAGCAGGAGCGCGCAGCCGGUGUCGAUGCCGCUCUACCGGCGCUUGUUGGCGACGUGGGUCUUCCUUUACCUUGGAUCUCUUGUACUUUAUUACCUAUUUGCGAGUAUUGACUACUUUUUGGUGUUCGUGGCGUUUCGUAAGGCUACCGUAGGCACGAAAUACCGUGCAAACUGGCGAGAAAUCUGGAGAGAGGUGCGCAUGUCGACCUGGUCACUCGCUGUGAUGUCGCUUCUCACAACACCAAUAGAGCUUCUGGUGCAGCUGGGGUAUACCCGCGUCUAUGACGAUCCAAGGAAGCACGGGAUCUUGUACUUUAUUCUCUCCCCCGUGCUAUUCUUGGUGUUUAGCGAUACCUUGAUCUAUUUUAUUCACCGGGGCCUGCACCACCGCCGCGUGUAUCGAUUCCUCCACAAACCGCAUCAUUCAUUCAUUGAUACGACGCCGUUCUCGGCGUUUGCAUUCCAUCCCCUCGACGGUUUCGCCCAGGGCUUUCCGUAUCAGUUAUUCGUGUUGAUUUUCCCGUUUCACAGUCUCCUACAUCUGAUAUCCCUCGCUGUGGUCGGGCUCUGGACGAUCAAUAUUCACGAUCGGGUGAGUCUCAGCAUCCCCGGGGUGAAUGGCGCUGCCCAUCAUCGCAUCCACCAUACAACGUUUCGUUCCAACUAUGGACAGUACUUUACAUUCUGGGAUCGUGUCUUCGGGACACACAAAGAUCCCAAGCAGUGGCAUGCGAUUCGGUUUCGGGAGGAGGAUGUGUACGGAGCCGCGGCCGGCAAGGGAUAUCUCCAAUCCAAGUGCGUCGUUGCCAACGAGGUCUCGGUCGAAGCUGCGAAAUGA